AUGCCUUUUGGGAAAAUAGAAACUUUUGAAGUAGGUUCCCAUAACUGGGAUGCCUAUUGUAGAAGAAUAAAGCAGUUUAUAACAUUAAAUGACAUUAGUGAACAUUUGCACGUGGCCACGCUAGUCACACACGUUGGCGUGUCUUGCUACGAGUUAAUGUGUGAUUUAUGCUCCCCGGAUUUACCUGAAGAUAAAACAUUUGAUGAGCUCGUGGAUAUCGUUAAAAAUCAUCUGGAGCCGCAGAGGUCGGAGAUUGCUGAACGCCAUAUAUUUCGGCAGCGGAAACAACUUCAAGGCGAGACUGUGAGUGAUUACUUACAAAGUUUAAAGCAUCUGGCGAAAACAUGUAAUUUUCGCGAUACUCUAGAAAUCAAUAUAAGGGAUCAAUUCGUCUCUGGACUUAUUAAUGAAGAUAUGAGGUCAAGGUUGUUUGCCGAGCGAGAUAUCGAUUAUAAACGUGCUAUUGAACUCGCAUUAGCAUUAGAAGCGGCGGACAGGCACGCAGCAGAGGCGGCGUCCGGUGCUAGCAAUGGAGUUGCGGAAGGGUUACAUAACGUAAGGAUGAAGCGUAUCGUCGGCGUGACGGCGAGCCGGGACGCAGCGGGCGGCGCGAGCGGCGCUGCAGCGAGCGACGGCGGCGGCGCGCGGCGUGCGUGUUCGCGCUGCGGACGCGCGGGGCACGGGCCAGCGCGGUGUCGAUUUAAGCAGUACACGUGUGAUAAUUGUGGACAAAAAGGUCAUCUUAAAGUUGUGUGUCAAAAUUACAAAAGUGUUAGCAACAGUGAGUACCAGAAACAUCAUAAAGCACUUAUGGGUCAUAGGUUACGCGGAAGGUUAGAUCUCUUACGUCCGAGUACUCGCGAUGUAGUGCUUGAUAAGCAACAGGCACAACAAGCUCGUCAUGGAGGGGUUGUGCGAGACAUGUCCCCCGGGGACCGAGUAUUGGUUCGAAAUUAUAACGACAGCUUAGUUAAAUGGAAGGAAGGGGUAGUAGUAGAAAAAAGGGGGCCGGUCUCCUAUGUUGUUAAAACAGAUAGCGAUGAUCGUAUUAGUAAAAGACACGUUGACCAGUUAUUAAAGAAAAAUGUACGAUUUUCGCGUUAUUCGUUGCCGACAUCAAGUUGUACUCAGCCAUCCAGUCCUUAUAAGGCAGAUUCUUUAAUAAAUACAUCUUCAACAUCUAUAUUCCAAUCUCCUUUGUCAGAUAAAAAUAGUUCGGAACUGAAUAAUGACAAUAGGAAAGCGCAGUCACCUCCGUUGUAUCCUACUGAACCGUCACAUUCACAAUCAUUAAAGCCUCAGCCUGAAAAAUAUGUUUCUCAUGGUAUGACGUUAAGACCUCGCAAAAAGUAUUAUUAUGCU